UUGACAGGAUCAUCUACUUUCAAGAAAUCGCUCACCCCUGAGAUGCCGGGUGGUUCCGGGCAGCCGGGCUCGCAGACCAUAAAGAAGGGGCACAGAGGAGUGGACUCCAUGGGCGAGACUACCUAUAAAAAGACGACAUCAUCGGCCUUGAAAGGUGCCAUCCAGCUGGGCAUUACACACACUGUCGGAAGCUUGAGCACCAAACCCGACAGAGAUGUUCUCAUGCAAGAUUUCUACGUAGUAGAAAGCAUUUUCUUCCCAAGCGAAGGGAGUAACCUGACUCCAGCUCAUCACUACAAUGACUUUCGGUUCAAAACCUAUGCUCCAGUGGCCUUUCGCCAUUUCCGGGACCUCUUUGGGAUCCGACCGGAUGACUAUCUGUACUCGCUCUGCAAUGAGCCACUCAUUGAACUUUCCAACUCCGGGGCCAGCGGAUCCCUCUUCUACGUAUCCAGCGACGAUGAGUUCAUCAUCAAAACGGUAAAAAAAGAGUUCUUACAGAAGCUGCUGCCUGGCUACUAUAUGAAUUUGAACCAGAACCCAAGGACGCUACUGCCAAAGUUCUACGGCUUGUACUGUGUCCAGGCCGGAGGCAAAAACAUUCGCAUCGUCGUGAUGAACAACCUCGUGCCGCGCUCUGUCAAAAUGCACCUGAAAUACGACCUGAAGGGCUCCACCUACAAACGCCGAGCGUGCCAGAAGGAGCGGGAGAAGGUCUUCCCGACAUACAAGGACUUGGAUUUUAUGCAGGACAUCCCUGAUGGCCUCUUCUUAGACUCUGACAUGUAUAAUGCUCUGUGCAAAACCUUACAGAGAGACUGCUUGGUCCUGCAGAGCUUUAAAAUCAUGGAUUACAGUUUGCUCAUCGCCAUCCAUAACAUCGAUCUGGCACAGCGAGAGCACGCGAUGGUGGAUGGGACAUCCCAGACCGAUACGCGGCGACCCGCUGCCCAGAAGGCGCUCUACUCAACAGCCAUGGAAUCCAUCCAAGGAGAGGCCCGGCGAGGUGGCACCAUAGAAACAGAUGACCAGUAA